GCACCUUAUGCGGGUGAUUUUCCUAAUUCAAACCUCCAACCCUAUACGGUUAUAUAUUCACCCGCGGUGGUGGUUAAUACACACAUAUAUAUACUUACAUUACAUAACCUAUUUAUGUUUGCCUGGCUCUAAUGGAGGACAAGAUUUCUUCUGAGUUAAAACUCACCGAGUUACAUAAACAAAACUUUCGCCAAACGCUUGAUCAACUUCACGACAGCGCUUCUUCGAUUCUCUUGCUUACGCAUCAAUGGAAGGAUAUAGAAGAUCACUUGGAUUCCACGCACCUUAUCAUCGAAAAAUGCGCCAAGGAGCUCCAUUCCCUCCAACAGGAUAUCAAGAAGAGAGAGAAAGAGUUGCAGAUAAGAGAGGAGGAGUUUGUUUUAAAUCAAAGAAAGGAAAUUGAAGAGAGAAAGAGAGGAAUUGAAUGGAUUGAGAGGUCCAGCGGAGAGCUUGAGACUUUGAAUGAUAAAAUAGGUAGAAAAUUGGAAGUUCUUGAUGGGAUACAGAAGAGAUUUGAGUCGUUUAAUAACGAUAUUGAGAAGAGAGCUUGUGAUGUUAAAGUAAUGGAGGGAAAGUUAGUGAGAGAGAUUGAAGUGAAAAAGGUGCAAUGUGAACGGGCAUUUAAUGAAUUGAAGUUGAAAGAGAAACAAAUUGAAGAAAGAGCAAAAGAAAUUGCAUCUCAAGAUGAGAGUUUGAAUGAACAAUGCAAAGUAUUGAGGUUGAAGGAACUUAAAUUUAAAGAUCUCGAAUUUAAGGAGAAGCAAAUUCAAGAAAGAGUGAGAGAGAAGGAGAGGCAACUUGAAGAAAGAGCGAAAGAAAUUGCAUCUCAAGAUGAGAGUUUGAAUGAACAAUGCAAAGCAUUGAGGUUGAAAGAACUUAAAUUUAAAGGCCUCGAAUUUAAGGAGAAGCAAAUUCAAGAAAGGAGCGAGAGAGUAGAAUUGGAGAACAAGAAAGUUGUGGAAAAAUAUAAAGAGAUUGAAUUGAAGGAGAGGCAACUUCAAGAAAGAAGUAAAGAACUUGAAUUGAAAGUGAAACAUUUUGAUCAUAGCCAUAAUACUCGCGUGAAAAUUGAGCCACUAGAUACCCAUGUAGUUAACGAAGCUAUGGAUUGUAAAUUGGAUGUUAAUAUCCAUUUUUCUUUGAGUAUUGAUGGUAAGGCUUUGCAGAUUUUCAUAAAUGAGCGUGGAGUAUCUGAUUCAAUUAGGACUGAGGUACUUACUGCUCUGAGACUUUCAUCAGACCCUGCAAAGCUUGUAUUGGAUGCAAUGCAUGGGUUUUACCCUCCCCAUUUGAAAAAAAGGGAGAUAUGGAGUUUGAAGAGGGUAGAUGCGGAGCACUAUCUUGAGGUUUUGGGAUUUUUGCAGCUUUUAGCUUCUUACGGACUAGUUUCUGAAUUUGAUGCUGAUGAGCUCUUCACUCAAUUGGAGGUUGUUGCCCAACAUAGCCAGGCUGAACUAUUGCGCGUCCUGGGUUUUGCAGAUAAGAUAUCUGGUUUUAUUCAAAAACUUAUCAGCAAGAAGCAGCAUAUUGAGGCCAUUGGAAUUAUCCAUGCCUUUAAGCUUGCUAAUAAGUUCCCACCUGUACUUUUAUUGAAAGAUUACUUGGACAAUUCUAAGAUUGCUGCCAGAAGAAUUAGAAAGGGAAAAAGAUCACUUGAAGGGCAGUCUCGAGGAAGGAAAUUAAAUGAGAAAGCAAAAUUGGCAGCUAAAUUCAAGAAAGGAAACUCAAAUAUGAAAGGGAAAUUGGCAGCCUCAGCAUGUAAAAUUCAAAGACCACCUUGGAGAAAGAUGAAAAAUUUGCCACGUAUUGUUCAUGGUGUUGAUGCCCCUGCUCGAGCCCCCAAAUCUGCAUCCACCAAAAUCCCUGCUCUUACCUGCUUCCCAACAACCACUUCAACUUCUCUGCCUGCCCCUAUGACCCAAUCACAACAGCAGAAUGGAAUUAAAAGUUCUUGGAUUGCUAUGUCAGAAUAUGAUCUAAACACAUCCUCCGGUGCAGAUCAAGCAACCUGCAUUGUUCCUUUCCCGGUACAGAUUGAGAAAUCCUCACCACGUGAUUCACCAUUUGAAAGAAAGGAGGCUUCUUCAUCUCUGGAUCCUCAACCUAAGCCUAAAUGUUUUUCUUUUGACAGUAAUAAGGACGAUUUGAGACGGUUACUUACCAUGGAUGAAAGUCAUGAUUUAGCAAGUAAAGUUGCUGCUGCUCUUCAACUUGCAUUUGAUCCAGGAAAGCUUGUUUUAGAUGUAAUGAACACUUCCCAUCCUUUCGACUUUAGGGGAAAUAGGGAUAUGAAGUUGGUUAUUUCAAGAAAAAUUUGUAUUUUGUUGUUGGAACAGUUAAGGAAAGUCUCUCCCCAGAUUAAUCCAGAGUUAAGAGAAGAGGCAAAAGAAUUUGCACUUUAUUGGGAAAAAAGACUGGAAAAUGGAAUGGAUCCUCUAGAGGUCAUAUGUUUCCUGCAUUUUUUAGCUGCCUAUAGUUUGGCAUCUACUUUUACGGCAGAUCUGCUUCUUGUUCUUCUGGAUGCUGAUGAUUGGCAUGAAAAGGUCCCUGAAUUAGUUCAAGCCCUUGGUUUGGCAGAGAUGAUCCCAAAUUUUAUUAAAAAUCUUAUUAAAAAGAAGCAACGAAUUGUGGCAGUUAAGUAUAUCUUUGCGUUAGAUAUGGUCGACAAGUUCCCCCCAGUUUCCAUUUUAAAGGAUCAUUUGAGCAAUUCUGCCAAGGAACUACAAAAUGAAAAUAGAAAUUCUACGAAAGUGCAGAUUAGGGCUAUAGACAGAGAGCUAAAUGCAUUGAAAGCUGUGUGGAAAUGCAUUGCAGAUUACAACAUUCAAGGCCUCUCACCUGAAGUCCUUGAAGAACGGAUUCUCUACUGGAAAAGCAUAAAAAGGAGAAAUUUCAAGCCGAAUUCAGACCUUGUUCCCGGUCUAAAUCUAAAUUAGAUCAGCAGCCGCUUUCCCCAGUCUCUGCAACAACUCAACCGCAACAUCAGAAUGGAAAUAAGCGUCCUAGGAUUUAUGCUUCAUCCAGAGAUCUUCCUAACAUGAAUGCACCAUCUGGACACUACAACAGGGCAAGCUAUCCUACAAACAACACGCACCCAAACUGCUAUAAUCCAAAUGUUAAUUCCUCUCACCACAAGAACACAUUUGGCUAUCCUGGUCACAAUAAACACAGGUCUUCUUGAAUGUCCUGUUAAUGUGAUUUAUGAAUGACAAUCACUGCCGGUGAUCGUUGUGUUUGGCCUGUAAA